AUGGCAAUCAAGGCUGUUUUGUUGUUGGUUUUUGCUUAUCUCCUUGUGGAAAUGCCAACAACAAGUGCAAUGGUGCCUGCAGUUAUCGUGUUCGGAGAUUCGACGGUUGAUCCGGGGAACAACAAUCAGAUAUCCACCGUCUUGAAGAGCAAUUUCGCACCCUACGGUCGGGAUUACUUUGGUGGUCAGCCGACCGGACGUUUCUCCAAUGGUAGGAUUGCCACGGACUUCAUUUCGGAAGCCUUCGGGAUCAAGCCGGCCAUACCUGCUUACUUGGAUCCCAAGUAUGACAUACGAGAUUUCGCUACCGGGGUCUCGUUCGCUUCCGCUGGAACCGGUUACGACAAUGCUACCUCCGAUAUCUUGUCAGUGAUACCAUUUUGGAAGGAAAUGGAGUACUACAGAGAAUAUCAGAGCAAGCUAAGAGGGUACCUAGGCAAUGACAAAGCUAGUCACCUUUUGAGUGAAUCGUUGCACCUUUUAAGCAUAGGAACCAAUGACUUCCUAGAGAACUACUACAUUUUACCGACCCGAUCAUCGCAGUAUUCGGUCGAUAAAUACAAGGAUUUCCUGAUAGGAAUCGCCAGCAAUUUCAUCAGGGAGCUUUACAAGUUGGGAGCUCGGAAGGUAGCAAUAACCGGCCUUGCUCCAAUAGGAUGUUUACCGUUGGAAAGAACGACGAACAUCAUCCACGGAAGCGCAUGCAUCGAAGAGUAUAACAACGUGGCUAAAGAUUUCAAUGUGAAGUUACAGGGGACCAUCACAGAGAUGAAUCAGGAACUCGGUGGAAUCCAAAUUGUGACGCUGAACACCUACGACAAAGUCUUAGAAAUGAUUCAUAAUCCGACUCGGUUCGGAUUCGAGAAUGCAGAAAAAGCAUGCUGUGGGACUGGAUACUUCGAGAUGAGUUACCUGUGUGAUAGAAGGAACCCGCUUACAUGUUCGGAUGCCAAUAAAUACAUAUUCUGGGACGCGUUUCACCCGUCGGAGAAGACGAAUUUCAUUAUUGCCGACUAUCUCGUCAAAACAGCCCUUGUCGUGUUCCGAUAAUCAUUAAAAACCAAAAAUAAGAAGCACUUGUUCAUUGUUGCAAAACUAGACAUACUAUUAUUAUAAUUG